UAGACAUUAAAAAGCGUGCCAAUCCGUCUCUUCUCUGCUUCUCUAACUUGUUCAUUUCCAUUACCGCUAAAACAUCUUGUACCAUUUCGUUCGUCGCCAUGAAAGUACCGCCUUCCGAAGCUCAAGAGGAUAUGUAUAGAAAGGAAAAGAGCUCCUAUUUUGAUUCGCCGGCGUUAGAUGUUUCCGUCGCAUUUCCUCAAGCAACUCCAGCUUCCGUCUUUCCUCCUUCUGUAUCGGACUAUUAUCAGUUUGAUGAUCUGCUGACUCCUGAGGAGCAAGCUGUCAGAAUUAAAGUAAGAGAGUGCAUGGAAAAGGAAGUAGCUCCGAUUAUGACUAAGUAUUGGGAGAAGGCGGAAUUUCCAUUUGAAGUGGUUCCGAAGCUUGGAGCAUUGCGAGUUGCUGGUGGCAGUAUCAAGGGUUAUGGUUGUCCCAACCUCUCCAUUACUGCAAAUGCCAUAGCUACGGCUGAGGUUGCAAGAGUUGAUGCGAGCUGCUCUACUUUCAUUUUGGUUCACUCUUCUUUGGCGAUGCUUACUAUUGGACUUUGUGGGUCUGAAGCACAGAAGCAGAAAUAUUUACCAUCUCUUGCGGAAUUAAAGACAGUUGCAUGUUGGGCUCUAACGGAACCUGAUUAUGGUAGCGAUGCAAGUGCUUUGAAGACAACUGCAAGGAAGGUUGAGGGUGGAUGGAUACUUGAUGGCCAAAAGCGCUGGAUAGGGAACAGUACUUUUGCGGAUGUUUUAGUUAUUUUUGCUAGAAACUUAACCACGAAUCAGAUAAAUGGAUACAUCGUAAAAAAGGACACUCCGGGGUUACAAGCUACUAAAAUCGAAAAUAAAAUUGGACUAAGAAUUGUUCAAAAUGGUGAUAUCGUAAUGAAGAACGUUUUUGUCCCCGAUGAAGACAGGCUUCCUGGAGUUGAUUCUUUUCAAGAUACAAACAAGGUGCUUGCUGUUUCGAGAGUCAUGGUUGCCUGGCAGCCUAUUGGCAUAUCGAUGGGUGUUUAUGAUAUGUGUCACAGGUACCUGAAGGAGAGAAAGCAAUUUGGUGUUCCGUUGGCAUCUUUCCAAAUCAACCAACAGAAAUUAGUUCGCAUGUUAGGUAAUGUGCAAGCAAUGUUUCUUGUUGGUUGGCGACUAUGCAAGCUUUACGAGAGUGGUAAGAUGACUCCUGGUCAUGCUAGCAUGGGCAAGUCAUGGAUUUCUCUCAAGGCAAGGGAGACUGUUUCUCUUGGACGUGAAUUACUUGGUGGCAAUGGAAUUUUAUCCGACUUUCUUGUCGCAAAGGCUUUCUGUGAUUUAGAGCCAAUAUACACUUAUGAAGGAACAUAUGACAUUAACACCCUGGUAACUGGAAGGGAGAUCACUGGAAUUGCUAGUUUUAAGCCAGCUGCAUCGAGCAAUCGAAGCCGACUGUAGUAUUGCUCGCUCGUACUAAAGAUACUGGAAUUACUCUUGAAGCUGGGUGGAUCUGUGCAAGCUAUUUGGAUUAUUUAUGUAUGUAAUUCAAAAGAAAUCAACGUGAUAAAAGUUCCAAACGUAAUAAAGAAAUCUACAUCAAGAGGGUUGGGUCGAAAUAAGGUUUACUUUGUAUAAGCAGAAGUAUUAGUUAUUAAAUUAAUUUAAAAACUUGUAUCUGCAGAAAUAUUGUUGUUUGAAACCAGUUUCAGUUCUUAUGUUAGUUAGUUAAUCUUUGUGUU